UAUGAGGUCACGUGCCUUCACGCUUGUGCUUAACGAAGGACGGAUUUAUGUUUUCUUCUCCAGACAUUUUUUUUGUUGUUGUUUUAUUUGCAACGCUUGGGUUGUAUGAACGCUGGGCGUUAUGUUGUUGAGCCGCAGCCGUUCAACCGGGCUUUUAUAUGGUUGUUGAAGAAGGCGUAUUAAAGAACCACCGUGGAUUACCGAUACCAGCGUGGGUGUGUGUUCUUCCGACUAGCCUGCUAGGUGUUUUGCCGCCUCCUCUCAACCACGCAACACAACCCGACGUUACAGUAUGUAUUGCAGCUGCGAAGACGAACGUACGUUCUCCUGUUAGGUUACAGCUGGUAGGAAGUUCUGACGAGGACAGCUGAAUGAUGUUGUUGGUGAGCUUGGAUUAAAUCAUCUCUAAACAAAGAACUUGUCCUCGUGGUGACUGACUUGGGGAGUGGAGGUCAGUGAGCCCAUUGUCUCUGCUGGUCCGACUCCAACUACAAAGCCGGCCCGCUCGCCCCCUCCUGAGUCUGAGAGGAGAUCCAGAGAGAAAGAAGUGAAAGCAGGCCCAAACCUCAGCACAUGGAUGACAUCAACCAAAAACAUCCAGCACCAGCAAGUAAAGAUGAGCCAGCGGCGAUCCCUGUGGAAAAGACUUUUCCUGCUAUGAAGCAGCCCAGAAGACGCAAGCGCGCCAACAGGGAGGAGAGAAGCUUGAGCUGUGACCAGUGUGGAAAGACCUUUACUCUGAUUGGUAGCUUAAAAUCACAUCAGCUGAUCCACACCGGUGUGAAACCAUUCAGCUGUGAUCAGUGUGGAAAGACCUUUACUCUAAGAUGCAACUUAAAAUCACAUCAGCUGAUCCACACCGGUGUGAAACCAUUCAGCUGUGAUCAGUGUGGAAAGACCUUUACUCAGAUUUUUCACUUCAAAUCACAUCAGCUGAUCCACACCGGUGUGAAACCAUUCAGCUGUGAUCAGUGUGGGAAGUCUUUUACUCAGAAAGCUCACUUAAAAACACAUCAGCUGAUCCACACCGGUGUGAAACCAUUCAGCUGUGAUCAGUGUGAAAAGCGCUAUACUCUGAAAGGUGACUUAAAGAAACAUUAUAUGAUCCAUGUUGGAGUUAAAUCAUUUGUCUGUGAUCAGUGUGGAAAGUCUUUUACUCAGAAGAGCAACUUAAACUCACAUCAGCGCACCCACUCUGGAGUUAAAUCAUUUGUAUGUGGUCCCUGUGGAAAGGCUUUUACUCGUAUGACUGGCUUAAAAUUACAUCAGCGCACCCACUCUCGAGUUAAAUCAUUUGUAUGUGGUGACUGUGGAAAGGCUUUCAUCCAUUACAAAAGUCUAUUGAGGCAUCAAAAGACCCACAAAGUGUCCUCCUGUGAGAAAAGUGGCAGACCAAUGGGACAUUACCCUGACAGGGUUCAUUUGAACACAGUGGGAGAAACGGGGGAUCUGAACAAAAGUUCUUCUGGAUGCUGCGUAAAACUUAAAAAGCUUGAGAUCAGGCUUCACAGAAUUCAGCUUUAAUUUCCUGAGAAAGUCAGAGCUUCACUGUCUUUGUAGAUCUAGUGAAAACAUGAAAGGGUGCAAAAAGAGGCACUGUGGUACUGCAUGAUGAAGUCAGAAGUGACAGAGAAGUAUGUGAGCGUGGUUCAGGACAUAUUUGUGUGGUAGCAGUGACUACCACACAUACUUGGGUUGAAGGUGGGGGGAGGAUUACAUCAAUUCUGAGCCCCAGAUGGAAAUUAGCCCUUGGCUAUAAUCUGGUAUGUUUACAUUCAUGUAAUUUUUUUUUUUACAUUUGUAUUCAUUAACAUGCACUGUCCUAAAUAAAUAAAUUCAAAUUCAAAUUCAAACCACUGUAGUUAUGGCUAGACAGGUUACCCUGAAUCUUCCCUUAGGUAUGCUGCAAUAGGUGGAGGCUGCUGGGAAUUUCCCAUGAUGCAUUGAGUAUUUCUUCCUCAGUCACCUUUCUCUCUCACUACUUGUUAAUAGCAGAGAUGGAUAGUAAUGCAUGCGUUACUGUAAUCCGAUUACUUUUUUCAAGUAACCAGUAAA